AUGUCUAUAAAAAUUUAUAGCAAAAAAGAUAAGAACUUCAUGAAUGAAAACAAAAGUGAUAUAGAUAAUGCAUUUGAAGAUAAAUGUGAUAAAAAUAAUAGCAGUAAAGAAAACGAUGAAAAGAAUACGUUAAUACAAGUUUUAUAUAGUUAUGAAGAUUUUCAAAAAAAAAAUAUGAACUAUGGAAAAACUAACCCAUAUAAAAAAAAAGAAACUCAGCUAAGUAAAGUAAAAAAAACUAUAGUAAAAUUAUUUUCUAGUAGCGAAAUAGGAAUUCAAGAAAAUAAUAAAAAUAAAAAAGUAGAUAAUUUAAAAUUUUUAACUAGUAGAGCGGCUAUGUGGAAUGAAGUUGAAAAAAAUGAAGAUCCUGAUUAUAACUUAAAAUUAGAAAGUUCAGCAAAAAAAUCACUAAUAGAUAUAAUUCUAAAUUAUGUAAACUUAUUAAUAAAUGAUACUUUAAAUGAUAAAAAAGGUAUGACAUAUUUAGCUAGUUUUAUGAUUGUUUUAUCUAUUAUAAUAACAUGCUUAUCUGGUUUUAUUACUGUAUUUAACAGCACAUCAUCAGAACAAACAGAUUGGAAGUUAAAUACUACAAAAAACAAUUAUGAUGAUAUGAAUAAAUUAAUGAAUUACAUAAAAAUAGAAAAUGAAAAUAACAACAAUUUAAAAUUUUACGAAUUAUUACAACAACUUAAGAAUAAUAUGAAUGAAAAUAUAAAUUCGAAUUAUAUGAAUAAAAAAGAAAAUGUUUCCUUAUAUGAACUAAAUAUAAACUUAGAAAAUAAACUAAAAGAAAUAGAAAAAAAAUUAAUAAUUAAUACAAAUGAAAUUGAUUAUUUUAAGGCAAAUUCAAAAAAAGAAAUAGAAAACUUUAAAAAAAAGUUACAAGAAAAUCAUCAAUUGCUUCAUAAUAAAUUUAAAGAUUAUAUAAAGGCUAUUGAUACUAUUAAAAAAAAUAAUAAUAAAGAUGAUUUUAUAAAUGAUAUGGAAAAGAAAUUAAGCAAAAAUAAAAUAGAUAUAAAAAACGAUGUUGCUAAUAAAGUAGAGUAUGAAAAAAGAGAAUUGCUAGAAACAAUAAAUGAUUUGCAAAAAAAAAUAGACUGGAUAGAAACUAGAAUAUCUAAUAACAAAUUACUUAAAAAUGAAGUUAAUAAUUUAUCAGAAUCUAUGAAAAAUGAUAAAGAUGAAGAAGAAUAUGAAAAUGUUGACAAGGGUAUAAAGAAAGAAAAUGAAAAUCAAACAAAACAAGAAAAAAAAAAAUAUACAUUUUGGAAAUCCAAGGAAAUAAAUGUAAAAGACAUACAAAAAGAAUUAGAUGUAUUAAAAGAAAGUACAAAGAAAUCUAAUAUUUUUUUAGAUGAUAUAUUCCCUUCUUUUGAACAAAAAAUAUUGAAAUAUAUUGAGAAUAAAAUUAAAUACUAUUUAGAAAUAUAUAAGAAGGAUAUCUUAAAUGAAAUUACUGAAUCAAAAGUAAUAUAUAAUGAAGAGAAAUAUAAAUCAAUGGUAAUAAAACAAGAAAAAAUGCAAUCUGAAUUAUUAAAAACUAUUAAUAAUCAAAUAAAGGUGCAAAGCAAAAUUAUGAAAGAGGAUUUAAGUAAAUCUUUAGUAAGUAUUAUAGAAAAAAAGCAACUAAAAAAAUUCGAUGAAUAUAUUCCAAAUAUUAAUCAGGUAGAUAAUAGUUCACUAGAAGAUUUACAAAAAAAAGUAAAUGAAUUAUAUAAUGAAUUCAUAUUAGAUUAUAAUGAAAUCGAUUGGGCAUUAGAAUCAUUAGGUGCAAGAAUUGUCUAUAAAAUGACAAGUUCUCCUUUAAAUAAAAAUGAUUUGAUAGAAAAAUUUUUAAAUCAAAUUGCAUCUUUUCUGCCAUCAGAAGAAAUAUAUGGAAUGAUUAAACCAAUGGGUAAGGAUCCAUCUAUUAUAUUAAGACCAUCAAAUUUUCCAGGAGACUGUUUUUCUUUUAAUGGAGAUAAAGGAAAAAUAACUAUUCACUUACCAGCUACAAUUGAUGUAACAUCAAUUUCUAUUCAACACGUUCAUGAAAAUAUAAGUAAUAAUUCUAAUGCAACACCAAAAUAUUUUUCUGUUUACGGUGUUGUUGAUUUAAAUUGGCCUGAACAUUUUGAAUCUCAUAAUAUUAAUUAUAAUGAUUUUAAAAAUAGUUCUUUAUUCUCUUGUUUACAUUCUACUUAUGGGAAUAUACAUUCUAAAGAAAUUUUAGACAAAUGGAUAAAAAAUAAUAAAAAACCAAAUAUUAUACAUAUAGGGGAUUUUUAUUUUGAUAGAAAAAAAAGAAUAUCCAAUUAUCCUACUAAACAUUGCUUCCCCAUGAAAAGAAUAAUUUUUGAAUUUACUGAAAAUUAUGGUGCUCCGUAUACAUGUAUUUACAGAUUAAAAGUACAUGGUAAAAGAUGUAUAAGGAAAUUUAAAUAA